CAGAUCAUGGUGAGACUGCAGAACAUCACGCUCAGAAUGAGGGUUUUACUCGCUGUCGCCGCUCUUGUGGUUGUGGCUGGUGCUGCCAGUGUCUCUCUGGAGGAUCUGGAGUUCAACACCUGGAAACUGAAGUUUGGUAAGAGCUACAGUUCAUUGGACGAAGAGUCCCGGCAUAAAAUGAUCUGGCUGGACAAUCUUAAACUGGUUCUGGAGCACAACAUGCUGGCUGACCAGGGCAUCAAAAGCUACAGACUCAGCAUGAACCACUUUGCAGACAUGGACUAUCAGGAGUACCAGCAGAUGUCAAAGGGCUGUCUGGGAUCCUUCAACUGGACUAGAACCCACAGCGCCACUUCAUUCUUCCAACCGGUAGAGGGCGCUGCUCUGCCCAGCUCUGUGGACUGGAGGAUUGAGGGCUACGUGACUGAGGUUAAGGACCAAAGUCAUUGUCACUCCUGCUGGGCCUUCAGUGCGGCAGGGGCGCUAGAGGGUCAGAUGUUCAAGAAGACAAAGAUGCUGGUAGAAUUGAGCGCACAACAGCUGGUGGACUGCUCCCGGGGUUAUGAAAACUUUGGCUGUCAAGGUGGUUGGCCUCAUAAUGCCUUCAAGUACAUCAAGUCCAGUGGAGGCCUGGAGACAGUGUACACUUAUCCAUACCAGGCCAAGGAAGGGGAAUGCAAGUUUAACAACCAGAAUUCUUGGGCUACCUGCUCUGGCUAUAAAAUGGUGAAGCCCACAGAAGGUGAUCUGCAGUACGCUGUGGCCACAAUCGGGCCUAUUUCUGUAAUCGUCGAUGCCAACCAUCGCAGCUACCAGCUCUAUGAGUCAGGUGUGUAUGAUGAGCCAGCCUGCAGGACUAACUACCCUUAUCAUGCUGUCCUGGUUGUUGGUUACGGCACUGAUGAUAACGGACAGGACUACUGGCUGGUCAAGAACAGCUGGGGUGUCGGCUGGGGUGAUCACGGUUACAUCAAGAUGUCCAGGAACAAGAAUAACCAGUGUGGUAUUGCCACAACAGCCGCCUACCCUGAGGUUUAAAGGUUGGAGAGGAGAAGGAUGGAGGAGGAGUCUGAUCAGAAUUAUCAACUGAUGCAAACAUUUUUUUUCUACCAUUAUUCCUGAAUUACACACGGAUUUAUUUCGGACUGCUCGAAAAUAAAAAAAACUAAGCAUUUAACUCUAUAACAGCUGUGAUUCAUUUU